AUGGACCCCUGGACUAAAAGCUGCAAUCAGCAGCUGGACAAAGGCCCAGAAGCCAUGGGACAUGGCCAGGAGCUGGUGGCAUUCCGCACAGCGGACGGCGUUGCGCACAUUCUGGACGCGUACUGCCCCCACCUGGGUGCCCACCUGGGGGUAUUGGGGCGCGUGGUAGGGGACUGCAUCGAGUGCCCGUUCCACGGGUGGAGGUUCAGAGGAGACAACGGAGCAUGCGCAGGCGUACCGUAUGCCAGAAAGACGCCGUCAUUCGUGUCGGUGAAGGCGUGGACUUGUCGAGAAUCAUGCGGCCUCAUCAUCGUCUGGUUCCAUGCCGACGGAGAGGAACCCUCGUGGAUGAUCGAAGCUCCGGCUGGUGUGGCCAACAACACUAUGCGACAGAUGGCACGCUAUGAGACGCUCUGUACGGGUCACAUCCAGGACAUUGCUCAGAAGGUGGCCGACGGGGCUCACCUGAACUGCCUCCAAGCAGCCACCUGCCUAUUGUCCCUACAGGAAUUCGCGAGCCGGCCUAAAGAUUCGUGGCUGUGCCGCCUGAUGGAGCUCAAGUGGGACGCGACAUUCGCAGUGGCCGGUGAGGAGGUCUCCACGUCGCUGUCCAUACAAAUGUCGCUGAUGGGAUGGAAGCCCAAGUUCGCUCGAUGCCGAGGCAUUGUGAGGCAGGUGGGCCCAGCCCUGACCUUUGUCUCGGUCCGCAACAUUUUCGGAGAAUUCGUUGCGGUGGUUUCGGCGACGCCGGUGGCUCCAUUUCUAACGCGCAUUGUGCACCGAUCCUAUGGGAGACCGGGGCUAUUGUCCUGGUUUUGGUGCUACGCAGCAGAACGUGGCAUCAGCAACAUGAUGGACAGAGACGUCGCUGUAUGGAAUCAGAAGGCCUUUAAGAAGCCGGUUUUGUUGGAUGAAGAUAAGGACAUCAAGGAAUUCAGAAAAUGGUACAGCCAGUUUUACAGCAAGAGCAGUCCGACAUGGCAACAAGUGAAAGAAAAAAGCUUGUCCUGGUGAUACGUUGACGACUGUGAAUAAAGCCAGCUCUUUGUUCCUCCCAUAUUUCUAGGCUGAUCGUAGGGGUUUUUAAUGCGUUUUCAUUCUAGGGUACCUCACGCACCUUCCGGGGGCUAUCUGUCUGUCUGUCUGUCUG